AUGGUAGAUUAUUGCCGAGCUUUGCUCUCGCUGUUGAUAAUUUGCGACUUUUCGAAAAAGUCGAGCGGCACCAUCGACCUGAACCUGCAGGAAUUGGAGUACUUGGCGGCGCAUCUGCGAGCCAAAGAGUGUCGCCUACUCGUCGCGGCUCUACACUUUGACAGCUACGAAUUGCCGAAGCAGCUGAGCGAAGCAGAGGCGGCGAUAAGCAAGAAAAUCCCGUGUCUGCGCCAACUGCUGCACUGGAACUCGAGUCCCGGCGAGGGGGCCGGCAAAACCCACCAACAUCUGGAGCAUCGACUGCGUCAGAUCGGGCGUCGCGACCUCGCCGAUUGGUUGGGCAAGACGACGUUUCGGGAGCUCGGCAAGGACGUGCUGCGAGCCGUCAACGAUUCCUUCGGUCAACUCGUGCCAACCGAGGAGACGACCAGUUGGUCGGCGACGGCCAGCUCUCCACUUGCAUCUAGCUACGUCUCUUACGGGCCAACAACGACGGGCAAAAGCGUCGAGACCAACAGCAGCAGCAGCAGCGGCGGCGGUGACGGAGACUUGUACAUGCUUCUCGUGAUUGACAUGAUUGUCGUCGGUCUCGUGGCUGGCUCAUUAUUCAGUCUGGUAUUCGUCGUCGGUUCGCUCGUCAUCGGUAGAGUCGCCCGUUGCGACGAUCGACGCCAACGUCGGCACCAUCCUAAUGAUCGGUCGCUGAUCGAUCGUGAUUGCGAAGCCGGCGACUGUCGCGACGAUGACGACGCGAGCGACGACUACGAUACGAGCUUCGGUAUCGACGAUCGGAUGAAACUAUUGAGAAAGUAA